GAAGGGUUUCUUGGAUGGAGAGGUUUUGAUUACAGCUGCCUUAAGAAGUCUAGCUCUGUGCAGCUCACUGCCAUUCCAUCCCAUCCCACACUAGAAGGAGGAACAGCAACAUGGAGCUCCAAGGAACCUAUCUCUUCCUGUGUUUCUUCGUUCUUUUCCCCUGGACCAGCACGGAGCCACCCACCCCCAAAGUUAAAAAAGCAGCCAAUGCCAAGAAAGAGGUUGUGAAUGCCAAGGUCAUAGAAGAGAUCAAGAGCCGACUGGACAGCCUGACCCAGGACAUAACUUUGUUGAAGGAGCAGCAGGCCCUCCAGACAAUUUGCCUAAAGGGUGCCAAGAUCCAUCUGAAGUGCUUUCUGGCCUUCUCUCAGGCCAAGACCUACCACGAAGCGAGCGAAGAGUGCAUCUCUCUUGGGGGCACCCUCAGCACCCCACAGAAUGCGGAUGAGAACGACUCUCUCUAUGAGUAUUUACGCAGGGGCAUAGGCACCGAGGCAGAGAUCUGGCUCGGGCUCAAUGACAUGGCGACCGAAGGCAACUGGGUGGACAUGACAGGCAGCAAAAUCAGCUACAAGAACUGGGAGACGGAGAUCACCACCCAGCCGGAUGGUGGGAAGGUGGAAAACUGCGCCGCCAUGUCCGGAGUGGCUGUGGGCAAGUGGUUUGACAAGAGGUGCAAAGAGCGGCUGCCCUUCAUCUGCCAGUUUAUGAUUGUGUAGCUUCCUGGCACGUAGUGAGGGCAGGGGAAGAAUGCAGUGGAGGGAAGAAAAGACAUGAUGACACGAAUGCUGCUAAAAUAGGCCUUGGCUAGCAUGCUCAGCACCGAGGAGACUCUCUAGCCUCUGUAGAUGAUCUGUUUGCAAAUAAAUUCACUGCAGCUUGGAAAACACAUGGUUUGGUCUGUGCCUGGGUCUGGUGAGUGGGGAGGCCACCUUCUAAAGGGGUGGAAAGGAUGCCCACUCCCCUGAGUGACAGAAGUCUCGAGGCAGACUAACUAGGUGCAGUGGCCAUAGACUCUGAACCCAGAUGCAGGUUUGCAGGCCAGACAAAGUCUGUUCUUUUUCAAAAUAUAAUUAAAAGUUCUCUCUGGACUUUUUCUACCGUGUCCCUGCCCAGGGACCUUCUAUUCUCCCCUGCCCCCCCUCCCCGCACUUUCAGCUUCUUUCUGUCAUUUGUUAUUCCACAUUAGACUUAAGCUCCUUGAGGGCAGGAAUGGACUUUCUGCUUAUAUUUGUAUUCCCAGCCCUGAGUCCGG